AAGUUUGUCAGAGCACAUAUCACACCGAUUUCUAGAAAUGAACCAGUAAAUCCGUUCAAACCCAUUUGACCCAAAUUUACACCCGAAUUAUAUCAUAUACACCAAGGAACAAAACCGGGUCAAAAGCUUCAAGUGCUAGUGUACACCCAAGACUGUAAACAGACUAAAGGGGGUGUGUGGUGCUUAAAGGGGCACAGGGUUGGAUAUGAUUCCAUGAAGAAAUCAAUGGACGAGGCUAAUCAUUGCCAGCUGGAGAGAAGAGAAACGGAUGUAUGAUUCCUACAUCCAAGAGCUGAUCUGAACAGUUGGUGCCUACAUUGUCAGGACAUUGGUGAGUUCUUCCCUGUAAUCCUGUGACCAGUACUGGUAGUGCCAUGCUCCCACUAUUGUUGUUACUGCUGAGCCUGCAGAUUCUUAACCAGCCAGCAGCAGCAGCAGAAAGUGAGGGACUUUUAUUGAAGGUCAGAGGUGGUAUAGGUGAAGAUCCAACGCCAGUGACUAACGAGACCUCAGAAGACUACUAUGAAGAAUCUUCUGAUAAUGAUCAAAAUAAUACCAACUCACAGUGGUUGUAUGAAUUCCUUGAAGAGACAGAUGAGUGUGAACCAAAUCCCUGUUACAACAAUGGGAUAUGUGAGAAUGAUGGUGAUGGUGAUUUCAAAUGCAUUUGCCCUCGGCCUUUUAAGGGCAAAAGGUGUCAAACUGUUAUAAAUGUGUGUAAGAAUAUCAAAUGCGGCCGUGGUGAAUGCGUUAUUACUAAGGAAGAGCCCUUUUAUGAGUGCAAGUGUACCGCCCCCUUCCAGCCUCCCAACUGCAGGAGACCCUCAGCCUGUAAUCCCAGUCCCUGUUUGAAUGGUGGAACAUGUGUAAAGGGUCGUACAAGGGCUAAAUUCCACUGCAAGUGUCCUGAAAACUACAGUGGAAAGUUCUGUCAAGUUGGUCCUGAUGAUUGCUAUGAGGGAGAUGGGGCAUCAUACAGAGGUUUCGUGAGUGAAACAGUGUCUGGACAUGACUGUCUGCCUUGGAACUCUCAUGUUAUAACAUUUGCUGAUGAUGAUACUGAGGUUAAAGAGGAGGAUGGAAUAGGGCCACAUAACUAUUGCAGGAACCCAGAUGGGGAGAGCCAGCCUUGGUGCUUCAUCAGAUACAAUAACACAUUGGAGUGGGAUGACUGUAAUGUAACACGCUGCCCUGAACCAAGUUCAACCCCAACUGAGCCAACAAUUGAUGAAGAGGCAUCGCCUGUAACAAUUACCAUGCCUGCUCCAGAAAAUGAGUUCUCAGUGUGUGGAAAGUCAUGGCCAAGUAUGAUUACAUCGAGGAUCUUUGGUGGGAGGAAGUCCAAGCCUGGAGCUCAUCCCUGGCAAGCCUCAUUGCAGGUGCGCCCCAGAAAUAGCACUCAACCUUUCAUUCAUGACUGUGGGGGAAUUGUCCUCAACUCCUGCUGGAUCCUCACUGCUGCUCACUGCAUACGCAGGACGUUUGAGAUGCAGGUGGUUCUAGGUGGGGUGGACCUGGAAAAGCAUGAGGCAGCAGAUCAGACUGUGGCAGUUGAAACUUAUAUCAUGCAUGAGAACUACACAGAUAUUGAUGAUGUCCAGUACAAUGACAUAGCCCUGCUCAAACUGAAGACUGUGUCUGAAGAUGGACUUUGUGCCAGAGAGACCAGGUUUGUUAAAGCUGCCUGUCUGCCCCCUGGCCCUUUUCCUGAUGGGAUGGAAUGCACUAUAUCAGGCUAUGGAGUCACUGAGAAAGAUGAGAGUGGUUCCAGUCAGUUGCUGGACACAAAAGUUCUCCUGAUCAACCAGAACCGCUGCAUGGCUCCUAAUGUUCUUGGUGAAGUGCUGGAUGACAGCAUGGUCUGUGCUGGACGAAUGCAAGGAGGGAUUGACAGCUGCCAGGGAGAUUCUGGAGGCCCCCUGAUCUGUAAGCAGAAUGACACACAUUAUGUCUAUGGAGUGGUGAGCUGGGGUGAUGGCUGUGGCAAGAAGAAUAAACCUGGCGUUUACGCCCGUGUCACCCAAUUUCUUGACUGGAUCAAUGAAAAGAUGCGCUCCACAUAAAGCUGGGCCAGACUUUGAUUGAUGUAUAAGUAACAUAUAUUGUCCAGCUUUCACAAAACCUUUAUUUUGGUUUUCCUGCCCAUUAAUCAUACAUCAAGCUGCUCAAACUUUCAGAGUUUAAACUGUCAGACAUCUGUAUUAUAAAAUCUCCACAAUUCAGAUCAGUUUUUCAUUUCAUCACUAUUGUGGCAAGAAUUAAAGUUUUGUUCAAGACA